AUGAAUUGUUCCCUUUGCUUGACAACCUUAUCUUCUGAAACGCAGUUUGAGCGACAUGUGGGUCGACAUCUGCAGGAGUUGGCUCUCUUUGCUUUGCCAAAAACUCACGAAGAUGGAGAUUACGAGGCUAUUCUACCAGACACCUCUAGCAAUGAAUCGAAUUCAGUACUUCAAGAUACGAACCUUCUGGAAAGCAGCAUCUCCAACAAGAGCUUCGACCUAACAGAAAAUCUGCAUAAGUUGGCGGAAGAUAUUAUUGACGCAGAUAGUCCUCAUGCAGUCGCGCAUAUAUUAGGCCCGGGGAUCCUCGAAGGUCCUAUGACCCAGCUGUGGACUCGAAUACAACACGACCCCGAUAACUAUGUUCUUACUAGCGAAGAGUUUGCUUUAUUCAACGUCUUCCUCGAGCGAUACCGCGGUUCCACCGUGGCACAACGGACCGUAGCGCGGUUUUGGGCCAACUAUUAUAGCCUCUCAAGCCCGGACAACACCAAUCUAGAGGUCUCAGAAACAACUGGUCAGCCCACUCAGCCUGAUUCUGUCACGGGCUCCAUCUCCACAACUCCUCCCACAGACCGAAAAGGCCAUGAGUCACCCAACCAAACUCAUUUGGAGCUCCUUGCACAUCAUGGACAUCCUUUCCCUACUGAAGACGAGAAGCAGACGCUUAUGGAGCUGACUGGGCUUACUAUUUCUCAAAUUAGUAACUGGUUUAUUAAUGCCCGACGAGGAGACCCUGAAGCUCUGAGAGGAGCCAGUAGCACGGUAGACCCUCCCACCACAGGAUCUAUGCUGCCAAUUCCAACUGUGGCGCCCGUGGUACCACUGCCACCUGCCGCUGCCGCUGGACCAGCGUCUUUACCUUGGGAUUUCAUGAAUGCGACUGGUAAUAUGUCUUCUUUUGCAACUACGGUGCAUUCCAACGAGUGGACUGCUCUUGAUCACUUCCAGGCUCGCCUCGAGAGGCUAAACGCCAGUCUAACAGAGGAGCAUUUGUCAAGGUGGAACCGGGAUCAAGAUAACUCGUCCGAGUCCCAGCAGCCUUCUCCUAGGGAAGACUAG